AAAGAUCUCAGAAGCCCCCCAACACUAAAACCCUAUAAAUGUGAGGAAUGUGAGUUAUGGUUUAGUCAAAAGUCGAGCCUUUGUACACAUCGGAAAAUCCACACUGGAGAGAAACCUUAUGAGUGUCUGGAAUGUGGAAAAGUUUUCUGUAGAAAAGCCACUCUCAGAAACCACGAGAGGAUUCACACAGGGGAGAAACCUUACAAGUGUUGGCAAUGUGGGAAGAGCUUUUCUCAGAACUCAAGUCUUUGGAUCCAUAGAAAGAUUCAUGUGGGAAUAAAAUCUUACAAAUGCUUUGAAUGUGGAAAAUGUUUCAUUCAGAGUUCAGCUCUUCGGAUUCAUGAGAAGAUUCAUGCAGGAAUAAUAUCUUACAAGUGCUUUGAGUGUGGAAAAUGUUUCACCCAGAGUUCAGGUCUUCAGACUCACCAGAAAACGCACAGAGGGGAGAAAAACGAAAAGUGCCUCGAAUGCGGGAAAUGUUUUACCAUGAAAUCAACUCUGGUGGUACAUCAGAGACGUCACACUGGAGAGAGACCCUAUGAGUGCCCAGAAUGUGAGAAACGAUUUGUGAAUUUUUCUGAACUUCGGAAUCACCAGAAUUGGCACAAAGGGGAGCUGCCCCAUAGAUGUGGGGAGUGUGGGAAAAGUUUUCUUACGCCAACCCAUGUUCAGAUUCAUCAGAGAAUCCACACGGGGGAGAAGCCCUACAAAUGUGGGGAAUGUGGGAAAUGCUUUUCCCAAAAGCAACAUCUUGGAAGCCAUCAGAGGCGCCACACAGGUGAGAAGCCAUACGGUUGUGUAGAGUGUGGAAAAUGCUUUGUAGACAUGAAAGGCCUUCGGAGACAUCAUAAAAUCCACACAGGGGAAAAGUCAUAUCAAUGCAUCGACUGUGGAAGUUUUUAUAGAACCUCAUCAGCCCUUAGAAGUCAUAUGAAAAUUCACACAGGGGAAAAAAACUACAAAUGUUUGGACUGUGGGAGAACAUUUGCUCAUUCAGGUUCCUUAAGAAGUCACAGCCUAAUUCAUACAGGAGAGAAACCUCACAAAUGCUCAGAGUGUGACAAAUGUUUUUCUCGGAAAAAUGCUCUUGUGAGUCAUCAGCGAAUCCACACUGGAGAGAAACCAUAUAAAUGCGUGGAGUGCGGGAGAUGUUAUGUCCAUCCUUCAACCCUUCGUAUGCACAUGCGAAGUCACGCAGGAGAGUAGCCUUACAAGUGCACAGAGUGUGAGAAACUUUUUCAUAGUAAAUCAAAGCUAGAAAAACCGUAAAGCCCAUCGCAGAGAUAAAUCUCUUCAGCUGUGAACAAGGUUGGGAACCCUUUUUUUCUCCAACAUUCACAUUUUAAUGUUUACCAGAAAUUUCAUACAGUGACAGAAGUAAAGUCCUGCAAUUGUUCGGUUUGAGUAAAACGUUUUUCCUACGGAAGCAAAGAAACCU